AUGGCAGAAGCCCCAACAACGACGGGCAACGCAAAGACCAGGAUUGUUCAGGAGAGGCUCUCACUGUAUGGGCCGAACCCCUCCAUGGAACUAGUACAGCAGCUGAUGGCAGAGGCAGAUGAGGACAUACAGAAAGCUAGAGCCCACGAGCUCAGUCUGGUGACCGCACACCGCAACGCCGAUGCAGCCCCAACC